AUGGUAGUAGUGAGCAUUUGCCUCGCCAUCGAGCAGCAACAGAACAGGUGUGACAAGGACGGGGAAGGCGACGACGACGAGGAGGAGGAGGGCAGGGAGGAGGAAGACGACGACGACGAGGACCAGGACGAGGAGCAGGAGCAGGAGCAGGAGCAGGAGCAGGAGCAGGAGCAGGAGCAGGAGGAGAAGGAGGAAGAGGAGGAGGAAGAGGAGGAGGAGGAGGAGGAGGAGGAGGAGGAGGAGGAGGAGGAGGAGGAGGAGGAGGAGGAGGAGGAGGAGGAGGAGGAAAAGGAGGAGGACCAUGACGACGACGAGGAGGAGAAAGACGAGGAGGACGAGGAGGAAGAGGAGGAGGAGGAGGAGGAGGAGGAGGAGGAGGAGGAGGAGGAGGAGGAGGAGGAGGAGGAGGAAGAGGAGGAGGAGGAGGAGGAGGAAAAGGAGGAGGAGGAGGAGGAGGAACUGUACUGUAUGGUUUGUCCACUCGCUCAGUUUUUGUUGGCAGAGUGGUUCGGAGCGGCAAUGCACGAGAGUGGGGAGUUGAAAGAGGUGUUUGCAGAGAAAGGGGUGCUGGGAGGGGCGGGGAAGGGAGAUGCACCAGGAGCAGUGACGGCAGCAGCAGCAGCGGCGGAUGGGCAGGUUGAUGGGGCGAAGGGGUUGCAAGAGCGGCUGAAGGCACUCCUCUCGUCUUCGCCUACCAUGCUGUUCAUGAAGGCACUCGUCUCGUCUUCGCCUUCCUCUCAUCCCUUCCUCUCAUCCCUUCCUCUCAUCCCUUCCUCUCAUCCCUUCCUCUCAUCCCGUCCUCUCUGCUGCGUUACCUCUCAGGGAACACCGGAGGAGCCGCGGUGUGGGUUCAGCCGCAAGGUGGUGGAUGCAGUCCAGUCAGACAUGGACUCAUCGCAUGUUUCCUUCCUUCUUCCCCAUGGCUUGUCCUCACGGCCUUGCCUUGCUUUCCCAGGGCACACCAGAGGAGCCGCGGUGUGGGUUCAGCCGCAAGGUGGUGGAUGCACUCACGUCAGAAGGGAACACCGCAGGAGCCCCGGUUGUGGGUUCAGCCGCAAGGUGGUGGAUGCAGUCAAGUCAGACAUGGACUCAUCGCAUGUUUCCCCCCCUCUCUUCCCCCCUUUCUUCCCCCCCUCUUCCCCCCUUCUUCCCCCCCUCUUCCCCCCCUCUUCCCCAUGGCUUGUCCUCACGGCCUUGCCUUGCUUUCCCAGGGCACACCUGAGGAGCCGCGGUGUGGGUUCAGCCGCAAGGUGGUGGACUGCACUUACGUCAGAAGGCAUUUCCUUUGGCAGUUUUGACAUUCUCACGGAUGAAGCAGUGAGGCAGGGGCUGAAGGAGCUCUCCAAUUGGCCCACGUACCCCCAGGUGUACCACAAGGGCGAGCUGAUUGGUGGAUGCGAUAUUGUGCUUGAAAUGAAGGCUAAUGGGGAGCUUAAAGCCGAGCUUGGAGGGUGA